AUGACUGGUGUAUGUUCUUCUGGUGCUGCUUCUUUAGUUAGAAUUUAUGCAGAUAAUCGGGGACAAAAUAAUAGUGAUGAUGAUUCUGGAUGUUCAUUGGAGGAGUAUAUUUGGGUACCAGAAGGCGUCCAACCAGAUAUGAUUCAUAUGUAUUUUUCAUCACUUCCUGAUAAUCGUAUUCCAUAUGCCAACUCUCCUGGUGAGAAAUGGCGUAAUGAACAACUUAUCUUUCAAAAUCCACCACAGGAUUCACAUGUAAAAUAUUGUGGUUAUUUAUCAUUGUCAGAGGAAAGAGAAUUACAAAGCUUUGUAGAGAGACGUGAAAAUGAAUGUUUAGGAAGAGGGAUUGUAACAUUGAUACCAAAUAAUAUCUCAUCAUCAAUAAAAUGUCAAUUAUGUAAAAUAAAUUUUAAAAAAAAUGAAAUAGUUAUAAAAGGAUCUAAUUUUGAUAAAAAUAUAUUUUGGCAUCCAAAAUGUUUCCAAUGUAAUCAUUGUGAAGAAUUAUUAGUUGAUUUGGUUUAUUAUAAAUAUGAACAAAAUGUUUAUUGUGGUAGGCAUCAUGCUGAAUUAUUUAAACCAAGAUGUUCAAAAUGUGAUGAGUUAAUAUUUUCAUAUGAAUGUACUGAAGCUGAAGGUUAUGUAUGGCAUAUGAAACAUUUUAUUUGUGCUUCAUGUGAUUGUCAAUUAGGUGGACAAAAAUAUUUAAUGAGAGAUGAACAACCUUUUUGUAUAACUUGUUAUAAUAAUUCAUUCAAUUUAAUUACUUGUAAUACAUGUCAAAAAGAAAUUAUUUCUGAUAAACCUCAUAUAACACAAAGUAAUUUUCAUUGGCAUGCAGAUGAACGAUGUUUUUGUUGUAGUGUAUGUGACAAAAACCUUCUAGGUAAACGUUAUACAUUUGUCAAUUCACAAUUAUUUUGUGAAAGAGAAGCAUGUCGAAGAAUGGAACGUGCUAUGUCACAACAAUCAUCAUCAAGUGUACCUUCAUUAAUAUCAAAUGGACACUCAAAUAAUCAAAAACAUUCAAAUGACUCAUCAAAUAAUGUACAACAACAUAAUUUAACUUUUGACAGUCAAGCUUCAACUGUAAGUAUGAAAAGCUCUAAAUCAUUAUCACUUCCAUCAACAAAAGGUAAACAAUUAUCUAAAAAUGAUGAAAAUAAUAUAACAACAGAAGUGACUAAUGAAAAUAUUUAUGAAACAUUAUUACCAUGUUCAUCAUCUAAUUCAUCAUCUCGUGGAUCAUUAAUUUAUCCCAGUUCAGUGACAUAUUGUAAUUAUUAUAUUACUGAAAAAAAUCAUCCACCUCAACCACCAAUAUCAAGUCAUCCAACAAAACAGGGUGUUCGUUUUAUAGAUGAUAAUAAAAAUAAUCUAAAAAAUAAUAAACGUUCUGGCCUAAUAAAAAAUAAUAAAAAUUAUGACCAACCACCAGAGGAUAAUCAUUAUGACAAUGAUCAAACAUUAGAUUAUUGUUCCUCAUCAGACAGUGAUCCAGAUGAUGAAUAUUUAACAAAUUACCUUGCAGCAUCAAUGAAUACAUGUACCAUCUCUCCAAAAGGAAUUCCCAAAUCAUUUGUAACGCAACAAAUUCCAUAUACUUCUCCAUUUGUUAAAAUGGAAAUAAUUAAUAAAAAAAAGAUGUCACCAAAGCAAAUUAUUAAAUCUUAUCAUAAUCAAUCAACAAAUGUUAUUAAACCAAAAAAUGCUAAAAAGAAAAAUUCAGGCAAAAGUUGUAUUGUUUCAUAG